GUACAAGUCAAACACAGCUUCGCAUUACUCAAAAGAGCUUCAGGAAACCCAACACAUCACAAGGACAUAUGCAGCUUCACCCACACGCUUUAUUAUAACCCCUGCUAUUCUCACAUCCGGGAUAUGAAACAUGAGCAAAGACGUGGAAUGUUACAUUUUUUUUCCUCUCUCACAGGCGCCGUAAUGAUGGAGUAAAAAGCAUCACGAUUGGUGGAUGCGGCGAGAAGAAACAUAAAACCCACAGCGUAGCUUUUGCACUCCGGACGCGACGCGACAAACGCGAAUGAACCCAGCGCGUGCUUUCGGUCAUCGGGGAAGAAUUGGAAUAGAAAAACCACUUGAAUUGCAGCAAAAACAUCCACAUCCACACAACGGGCUAAAAGUACACAAUGGUCGCUGGCGAUAUGUGUCUCUCAGACAAGCUUAGCGCAGCGUCGCUUGCGUGACAGCUCGCUGGCCAAUAGGAGCCUCCAGCGGCCCAGCUGCGCUCAGACUCGUCCAAUGGCGAGCGGCAGAAUACGGGCCUAAACGCAUGUUAGGCUGUUGUUGCAGGCGGCCAGCGCUAAACUUCACCAAAUAAUAGCUGUUUGUAUUUUGGCUGCCGCAGUAGCCAUUUUAGACACAGACACAGAUAUCAAGAAAAAAUGAAAAUACAAAAGAAGGACAAGCAGAUGUCUGCCACCCAUGUACUAAAGCACACUCCAUCCGCUGCUGCCUCAAAUGCCUCUGACCAAAACGCACAAACUACAUUUCCCAUCGGCCACUUGGGCAAAGAACAGUUACGAAUCAUUGGAGGGCCGCCCAAUCAUUGCAUGGCUCACCCAAAGCACUCUGGCUUACGGGAGGCGGGGCCUGCGGCCAGCAGUCACAGUCUCCGCCCUUUAUCAAUCAACAGCGAGGAGGACGAUGGAGGGGGUGGGACCAGGGUGAAGAAGAAACGAAGGAAAAAAGACAAGAAGGAGACAGAGUGGCACAAAGAUGAAGAGAGCAACGCUAAACCAAAGAGAAGGGAGCAAAAGGAAGGGAAGGAGCUUCUUGCGAGAAAGGCAAAGGUGGCGAAGGAACAAAAGGAUCAUAAGAAGAGGGAGCCAAAAGCCCAAAAAGAGGUCAAAAAAGUCAAGAAAGGUCAAGAUGUAAAAGUGAAAACACAGGCCAAGAACACUGCAACACAUCCGCCCUCCAAAAGAGGGAGGAAGCCAAAAGAGCAGGGUGCCAUGCCUCCGGAGAAGAAGAAGAAGGGAAAGAGGAAAAGUGAUGCUGUACUUGAGAUGGUGGAGAGUGAUGACACAACCUCUCUCAGCACACUCGCCACCGGCGAGGAAAGCAUCGACCCUAUGGAUAACACUAAGAGGCGAUCAGGGCGUCAAGUGAAGCGGCGGAAGUAUAACGAAGAUCUUGAUUUCAAGGUCGUGGAUGAUGACGGGGAGACCAUCGCCGUGUUGGGCUCAGGCCGGAUUGCCGCCAUGUCUUCCUCUACCCUUGCCUGGCAGGCUGAGGAACCCCCUGAAGAUGAGGCUAAUAUCAUUGAGAAAAUACUCGCAGUGCGAACGGUCAAGAAAGAGACAUCCCCUGACGAACCACCAGAAGAGAUGGAGGAGUUUUAUGUCAAGUACAGAAAUUUCUCCUAUCUGCACUGUAAAUGGGCGACCUUGGAGGAACUGGAGAAGGACCCACGCAUUAGCCAAAAAAUCAAGCGCUUCAGAAACAAGCAGGCGCAAAUGAAGCACAUUUUCACAGAGCCGGAUGAAGACCUGUUUAAUCCAGAUUAUAUUGAGGUUGAUCGGGUCUUAGAGAUUGCUAUCACCACAGAUACAGAGACUGGAGAGGAAGUUACACACUACCUGGUGAAAUGGUGCUCUUUGUCAUAUGAGGAGAGCACUUGGGAGCUUCAGGAAGAUGUUGACCCUGUGAAAAUCAGAGAGUUUGAAGAUCUCAAGCAAAUUCCAGAAAUCAAGCAUGUGCAUGCAUCUCAGACUAGGAAAAGAAGUGGCAGUUCUCUUAUCUUAAUACAGGAAAGGCCUCUGCCCGAACAGUGGCAAAAACUGGAGAAGUCCAGAGAAUACAGGAAUGGAAACCAGCUGCGAGAAUACCAGUUAGAGGGAAUGAACUGGCUCCUUUUCAACUGGUACAACAGGAAAAACUGUAUUCUGGCUGAUGAGAUGGGACUUGGGAAGACCAUCCAGUCCAUCACGUUCCUCUUUGAGAUUUUCCUCAUGGGUCUAAGGGGACCUUUCCUCAUUAUCGCCCCGCUCUCCACCAUCACCAACUGGGAGAGAGAGUUCCGCACAUGGACUGAAAUGAACGUCAUUGUCUAUCACGGCAGCCAGAUCAGUCGGCAGAUGAUCCUGCAGUAUGAGAUGUACCACCGAGAUGAACAGGGAAACAUCGUGUCUGGUCAGUUUAAGUUUCAUGGCAUCAUCACUACAUUUGAAAUGAUAAUGGCCGACUGUCCAGAGCUGAAGAAAAUUAACUGGCGCUGUGUGGUGAUCGACGAGGCCCAUCGUCUAAAAAACCGCAACUGUAAACUGCUGGAGGGACUCAAACUCAUGAACCUGGAACAUAAAGUCCUUCUCACAGGAACUCCUUUGCAGAACUCGGUUGAGGAACUCUUCAGUCUGCUUAACUUUCUCGAACCCUCACAGUUCCCUUCAGAGACCACUUUCCUGGAGGAGUUUGGAGACCUGAAGACAGAAGAGCAGGUAAAGAAACUGCAAGCCAUUCUGAAGCCCAUGAUGUUAAGGAGACUGAAGGAUGAUGUGGAGAAGAAUUUGGCCCCUAAAGAGGAGACAAUCAUUGAGGUGGAGCUCACUAAUAUUCAGAAGAAAUACUACCGUGCCAUUCUGGAGAAAAACUUUGCCUUCCUUGCCAAGGGAGCAAACCAGCACAACAUGCCCAACCUCAUCAACACAAUGAUGGAGCUUCGCAAGUGCUGCAAUCACCCAUACCUCAUUACAGGUGCUGAAGAAAAGAUCCUUGAGAGCUUCAGGAAAACCUACAGUUCUGAGGCUGCAGAUUUUCAGCUGCAGGCAAUGAUCCAGGCUGCUGGUAAACUAGUGCUUAUUGACAAGUUGCUGCCCAAACUGCUGGCCGGAGGACAUAAAGUACUGGUGUUUUCCCAGAUGGUCCGGUGCCUGGAUAUACUGGAGGACUACCUCAUUCAGAGGAGGUAUACGUAUGAACGUAUUGAUGGGAGAGUUCGAGGGAAUCUCCGGCAGGCUGCCAUCGAUCGUUUCAGUAAAGUGGACUCUGACCGCUUCGUGUUCCUCCUCUGUACACGAGCAGGAGGUCUGGGCAUCAACCUCACCGCCGCCGACACCUGUAUCAUAUUCGACUCAGACUGGAACCCGCAGAACGACUUGCAGGCUCAAGCUCGCUGCCACCGGAUCGGUCAGAGCAAAGCAGUAAAAGUAUAUCGCCUUAUCACGCGAAACUCAUAUGAGAGGGAGAUGUUUGACAAGGCCAGUUUGAAACUGGGAUUGGACAAGGCUGUUCUGCAGGACAUCAACCGCAAAGGCAGUCUCAAUGGGGUUCAGCAGCUGUCUAAGAUGGAGGUGGAAGAUCUUCUCAGGAAGGGAGCGUAUGGGGCGCUUAUGGACGAGGAAGAUGAGGGCUCUAAAUUUUGUGAGGAGGAUAUUGAUCAGAUCCUGCAGAGACGCACACAGACCAUCACAAUCCAGUCUGAGGGGAAGGGAUCAACUUUUGCCAAGGCUAGCUUUGUGUCUUCAGGGAACCGUACAGACAUUUCUUUGGAUGAUCCAAACUUCUGGCAAAAAUGGGCCAAAAUUGCUGAACUGGAAAUCGACUCCAAGGCAGAAAAGGAGAGUCUGGUGAUCGACACCCCUCGCGUACGGAAGCAGACGCGUCACUAUAAUUCGUUUGAGGACGAUGAACUCAUGGAGUUCUCUGAACUGGAUAGUGACUCAGAGGAACGACCCUGUCGCACAAGACGUCUCAGCGAUCGCAACAGACGCUACCUCCGAGCGGAGUGCUUCAGAGUGGAGAAAAACCUUCUCAUUUUCGGGUGGGGUCGUUGGAAGGAUAUUCUCAAUCAUGGACGUUUUAAAUGGCACCUGACGGAGAGAGACAUGGAGGUGCUGUGCAGGGCUCUUCUGGUCUACUGUGUUCGCCAUUAUAAGGGAGAUGAUAAAAUUAAGAGCUUCAUCUGGGAUCUGAUCACACCCACUAAAGACGGACACAAUCAAGCACUACAAAACCACUCAGGUCUGUCUGCUCCUGUCCCGCGGGGUCGUAAAGGCAAGAAGCUGAAGAACCAGUUGAGUCCCCCUGAGCUGAAGAAUGCAGACUGGCUGGUCCACUGUAACCCAGAGGUUGUGCUUCAGGACGACAGCUACAAGAAACAUCUCAAACAACACUGCAACAAGGUGCUACUGAGGGUGCGGAUGCUGUACUAUCUGAAGGUCGAAGUGCUGGGGGAGGCUGCUAAUCAGGCUCUUGAAGGGAUCCCAGCCAGUACACUGGAGGUAACCCUCCCUGAUAUCGACUAUAUUGAGAUACCUACUAUAUGGUGGGAUGCUGAAGCGGAUAAAUCGCUGCUUAUUGGAGUUCACAAACAUGGGUAUGAGCGGUAUAACGCCAUGCGUGCAGACCCUGCUCUGUGUUUCCUGGAACGAGUGGGUAUGCCUGAUGUUACUGCAUUGACGGUAGAACAAAGUGGAGCAGAAACUGCUUCAGAUGCACCUGAUAGUAUCAGCAAGAGUGAUGAAAUCAAAGAGGAGAACGAUAUUAAGUCUGAGGAAUUAGAAGAGAAAGUAGAGAUCAAGGAGGAACCCAUGUCAGAGGAAACGGGCAAAAAUGACAAUACAGUGACAGGGGGAUUUAUAGUAUCUCUCGCAGGAGACCUUGUUGCAGAAGUGAUGGAGCAGGGACGGAUACAGUGGCCAGCAGGCUCGGCUCUUACAGCACGUCUGCGACGGCUCAUUACUGCCUAUCAGCGUUAUACACGACGUGAACCGCUUCGUCAUGAUUUCCUCUUACAUGAGGGAAUUGCACCUGUGGCUUGGCAAAUAGGAGAGUUUAGGCACUGCACUACUGAGCCUGACCCACUCUUUUUGGAGUGGCAACGAAGGUGGACACGUCGAGAGCAGGCUGACUUCUAUCGCACAGUGUCCUCUUUUGGAGUGGUGUAUGACCCAGAGAAGAAGAAUUUUGACUGGAACCAGUUCCGUGCCCUUGCUCGAUUGGAGAGGAAGACAGAUGAAAGCUUAGAGAGAUAUUUCCACAGCUUUGUUUCAAUGUGUCGAACUGCGUGUAGACUGCCACCCAGAAAAGAUGAAGGUAAUGUGGAUCCUUCACUGUUUGUGGAGCCUGUUACAGAAGAGCGAGCUGCCCGAACAUUAUACCGUAUCGAGCUUUUGAGAAAGGUCCGCGAGCAAGUAUUGCGCCACCCACUCUUGGGGGCACGACUGCAGCUUUGUCGCCCUAGCUUGUAUUUGCCUGUCUGGUGGGAGUGUGGCAAACAUGACCGUGAUCUUCUCAUUGGGGUCGCUAAGCAUGGCUUGAGUCGAACUGAUUUCUACAUCCUCAAUGACCCCCAAUUAUCCUUCCUGGAGGCCCACCGGAACUACGUUCAUAAAGAAAACCACAGAUAUCCAGUCCCAGGCCUGCCCCACCACCAUUGCUGCUUGUAUGAUGCCAACCUUGGGCAUUGUCAGUCCCCACAACCUCCAGAGUAUCACCCCACAUCUUCACACCACACACCAACACAACUCAUCCAUACUCAUGGGCAUCACCAGCCCACAGAAGUGGUGGCAUCAGAGUCUGGAAGUUCCCUGGGGAUAGGUACAGGAAACAGGGAAGGAUUUUUGGAUUGUCCUCCAUUGGAUGACUCUCUGGAGUUGGGGUCUUUACAACAUGAAGGCUUGACAUCAGACACACUACAUGGCAAAUCUGGUAAAGAGACCUUCAAUGGAUUCCCGUUCAAUUCUGCAACCGGUGGGCAGAAUAUGCUAAAUUCUUACGGUGUGCAAGGGGAGUUAAAUGGGUCUCAAGGAGACAUGGCGGACUCCAUCGCUGGGAAACUUCGCAGCGAUGUUCUGGUUGGAGAGCAAGGGUCCUCAGAGGAAACUGGCUUAAUGGCUCCUUCUGUGGAACUAGAUGAACUUCAAACUCCAUGGGAAAGCUCGGAUCCUGCUGAAACCUCUGACAUGUUCAACGAGACUGAUCCCAUCUUGGGAGCACAAACUUUGGAACCCAGCUUUCUUGAUACUCCUCAACCAGAAGAUGGACGGGAGGGUGAUGAAACGCUCACCGACUGUUUGAGCAUGCCUAGUUCUGACUCUCAAAGCAACCCUGUUGAACCUCUGGCACCGAGCUUCAUGUUGUUCAAAGACCUUAAUGUUGGAGAUACUUCUGUGGAUCAGACAGAUUUGUCAGCCAGUCUUCCAGAAUAUGUUCCACCACCACCUCUUGGACUCCCAGAUGUGAGUCUUAACCAGACAGAUCCCAUUAGUGAGGAGCAAGAGGACAAGCUUAGUGAUUCCAACAUCACACAUGGUGUUCCCAGUCCAGAAGAAGAAACUGAAAGCGUAGGGUUUCAUUUUGAGAAAGAAGACCUUUCUCCAGACAGUCCGAAGACAAAGGAUACUCAAGAUGAGAUCGACAAGAUGCCUUCAAUAGAGUCUCCAAGGGAAAAUUGUCUCGAGGAAUCCCAGAAAGGGGACUGCCAGGUGCCAUUUGACGAUUCUAAUGGAGAUUUGAAAGAUCCUUGUGAAGUGGCUUUGGAAGAACCUUAUGAAAAGCCUCUAACAGAGCCAGAAAAAGUGCCUUUAGAGGAGUCUUAUGAUUUAACUUGUGACGAGACCCUGCAGGAACCUUGCGAAGCGUUUCAGCAAGACACAGCAGAACAGCAGUUGAUGGAAGAAACCUGCAAAGAACCGCCAGAGCCAAUAGAAGAGUGCAAUCUAACUGACACUACUCUUUCAACAGAUUACCCUAUGCCUUCUUCACUCCCAUCGUCUCCAACUACCUUACCUGACACCUCUGUAUCCCCGGGCCUUGACGCGGUCCCAAAACAAGAGUUUCUCGUGGAUCCAGUGGUGUCAGAUGUGAAGCCUGAGCCAGAUAGCACUACGCAGACCCCUCACCUUGAGCAGACUGAGGUUUUGGAAGUAAAGGACAAGAUAAAAGAUGAAGGUGCAAAGGCACCAGCAUUAUUGGGAGAUGUUGAUGGACCACGCUUUGCAUUGCCCAUAUGUGAGAUGGCAGACAGUGUCCAUGAAAUAAGGGAACCAACCAUUGCUCAGCUUCUACAAGAGAAAGCACUCUUCUCCUUCUCAGAGUGGCCUAAGGACAGAGUGAUCAUCAACCGUAUUGACAGUAUCUGCCACACUAUCUUAAAGGGGAAGUGGCCUUCCUCCAGUCAACAAUAUGAAUCUCCCACCUCAUUGGCUAACACCUGCGUGCCCAGCAGUGCCCACCAGAGGGCAGGAUUUCUGCAUACCAGAAUGCCUAUAUCUCAGAGCCUUAACUUUAACCUCUCACACACAGUAUCCCACUUACCAAAGGAGCGGUUAGUGGCCCCAGCAUUUCUCCCUGAGCUCAAACGUCCAAGACGUGGGUUUGAAUUCGAAGCAGAAGUCCUUGCCAAACCAAGCCAUCUUGGAGAAAAGAUCCAGGUUGGCGUGCCUCAUCGUGCUAACGCUCUACUCCUUAAUGGCUGGCAGGAAGCCGCUAUUGACCUCUCCAAACCAACAGAGCUAACAGUUGGUGGAGACAGUGGGCCAAUCGGUCAGAUGAGCCACACUGUCCAGUCAGCGCCCCAUAAAAUAACUGGGAUAGGCUCCAUACAAAGCUCACUGGGAUUGGAUAUGGCUGGCAUUUUGCAGGCUGGCCUGAUUCACCCUGUCACAGGGCAAAUUGUCAACGGCAGUCUUCGUCGUGAUGAUUCAAUGUUGAGACGGAGGAGAGGACGAAGAAGAAAUGUGGAGACUCCUGAUCUCAGCUUUAUGAAGGGACGGAGCGUCAACUUGCCUGAACAACAGAGCGGGUCAGAGAGUAUCAGCCACCCUGUUGUGUCCUCCACAUCCUCCCAGUCGGAAGGCCCUCCAGCCACCCAGACUACAAUUCCUACUCAGCCUCCAGCACCCUCUCCAGCUCCUCCUCCAGCCUCAGAGACCCUGAAUGUGAGCAUGGACAGGGAAACGGCCAAUAAAGGCCUAAUGGAAUGGCUCCGACAAAACCCUAACUACAACAUGGAGCUUUCUGCUUUUCCGUCUCAGAAUGCAAACAUAUUGCAUGGUUUCCUGGAGCGUCCAAAACAGAGAAGGCAUCGCUGCAAAGACCCAUCCAAGCUCGACGUCAACUCUCUAACUGGGGAGGAGAGAGUCCCAGUAGUGCACAGAAACACAGGCCGCAGGCUUGGAGGCGCUAUGGCUCCAGCGAUUAAAGAGCUCUCCCGAUGGCUGGAUGCAAACUCAGAAUACUCUGUGGCGCCUGAUUGGGCGGAUGUGGUGAAGCACUCGGGUUUUCUACCGGAGGGCAAAUUCACACGCAUCCUCUCUGGACCCGUGUGUCGGGAUCCUGGUCCGCGUAGGAGAGGCAGGCGACCCCGCAACGAGAUGCCCAAAGCCCCUGAGCUCGCCGCUGGCAUGGGUCCGCUCUUCAUGAACGGUGGGCUCAUUGGCAGCAUGGAUCUGGUUAGCUUACCCAAUCUCCGCAAUGUCCCUGGCAUUCCGCUAACCGGUAUCAUGGGCUUUCCUCACGGUUUCGCCACCGCUGUACCGUCAGGAGAAGAUGCCAAGAAUGGACUCAGCAUGCUGCCCAUGAUGCUUCAUGGCAUGGCGGCCGUGCAGCCGCCCAUGUACAGCGCUCACAUGAGUGGAAUGAUAAAUCAAUCGCUGUCCACAGCGACGUCUACGAUGUCCACUGCAACCACAUCCUCCACUUCAGCGAGCGUGACUUCGACGAACUCCGCAACCGUAACCUCAACCUCAACCUCCAGCCCGGCGGACAGUUCAGAUUCUGCGCCUCAGCGUGAGAACGCAAGCUCUCCGAUGAGCACGGAGAACGGGAACAAGGAGGAUGCAAAGCAAGGAGGGGAAGAGAAAAAAGUGUCCGCUUCGGUGUCUUCAGCUGCGGCCACUAACAGUAGUAGUAGUAGCAUCACAAGCACCGGCAGCCAUUUGACCUUUAACCCCUUUCUAAUCCCAGGAAUGUCGCAUAGUCUGUUGUAUCCGCAUAUGUUCUUGCCACCUGGCAGUAUAAUGGCGCUGCCCGCUAUGCCCGCAGCAGACAGCACGGGCAGCCCCAAGAGGAAGAGGAAGAAGGUUAGGGAGGAAGGAGCAGAGGAGGGAAGCAGCAAUGUUGGUGUGCAUAUAGAUGGUGUGGAAUCGAAGGGGGUUAAAGACGAGCAGACACCCGAACAAAAGAGCCAAGAGGGCAGAAUGGAAGAAGGCGGACCUGAUGUAGAUUUAGCUCAGGUCAGAGAUCCUUCUGACCCUAUAAAAGGGCCUUCUGAGGAUAAAAGUACUGAAGAAAAGGACAAUAACGAGAUAGGAGAAGAAACUGAGUCAAAUGCUCAAGGCUCUUGUGACGGUGGAGACUAGAAUGCAUCCUCACGUUUGGGCGGCAGUACUUUUGUGUGUGUCGUGUCGGUAAAAGUUUGUGUAUAGGACUUUGAUUAUCAAUGUAUUUGUUUAUAGAUCUGCCCUUGUAAUUUCACUGACAUCUACUCUACCUUCUGAGUGUGUGCUAAAGAAAUGGACACUUGAAGCAUGCAAACACUCAGAGGUCGCAAAUCCUAAAAAAGGGACAACAUCAUCAUUGGUGUUAGCGUGUUCCUUUUGCAUCAUGGGAAUGGAUAUUCAGACGAUUCUGUCUAUUGACGGAGAACGCUCUUAGUGACCCUAGCAUUUUUCCCCUUCGAUUAGGUGUUAUUCACUAGCAUCUUUCACAGAUUCUCAGAAAGCGGUAGGAUGUUGGUAUUGUGCAAAAAACAGACGGCGGUCUCACUUCGUAAUGGUGUUUCGGAUCACGCUCCUAUAGUUGCAUAAGACCUAGAUUUGUGUUUUGAAACAUUUCUCAGAAUAAUGUAAAGAAAACACUCAUCCCAUUGGUAGAGUACCAGCAGAGCUGCAUUUGAUACAGUCUUGAUGGAUCACAGUAUUUUGUUCUUAGUUGCUUGCUGCUAUGUAUUCAUUUUAGUGAAGAUUUUAACCUAAAUCCUUUACAAAGCUAUAGGUGGCAUGAGUGCAACAUGGUGAGUGCAAUGGAAACUCAAAAAGAGCAAGGCUUGAAAUUGAUGGCAAAGAACAAUCCUGAGAUUGAUUUAUCUUUUGUUUUGUUUGUCUUGUUUUUGAUGUCAUUUCCACAUGGUUGCUUUGAUAAGAUGCCCCAGUUGGGAUACUACUAAUCAUUAUAGAGGUGGCUAUAUAUUCUUAGGGGUGCUGCAAGUUCAAAAGUGAAGGGUUAGUGCCAUAGAUGAGACUUGGUUCUAAAUGGUUUUGGUACAUGACCUUAUAAAAUAAGGCUGAUGGAAAGCAGAUGGUAGAAAAUUGCGAGAACUGUGUUUUUAGUGAAUUUUAAAAGGAUAAUUCACCCUAAAAUUAAAGUUCUGUCAACAUUUCACCCUUAUUUCAUUCGAACCCGUCUGAAUGUCUUCUGUGGAGCAUAAAAGCCGCAUGCUCACAUUAAGAAGUGGCUAUCAAGCUGCAAAAAUGGCCAUACAACUACUCCGUAUGACUACUUUUCCUUAUUAAAGCUACCUUCUGUCUUCAGAUAACCUGGAAUAUAGUGCAUAAUUCAUUUGAGCUACUUCUCAUUUUUUCUCUUCUUGAAGUUUGAUAACCCCUGGUCAUUGUGUUUUUAUGUGGGGAAGAGCAGUCUUCAAAACAUCUCCUACAGGUUUGAAACAACAUUAGGGUGAAUAAAUUGUGCCGGAAAGUUAAGUUUUGGGUGAAAUAUUCCUUUACCCAAAAUAAUACAAAAAUAUCUUUGCAAAUCCCUGUUUGUUUUUGCCUUCACUAAAGCCCCUAGGUGAUGGGGUUGACAGAAAGACGUCAGAGCGUCUCGUUCUCCUCAUGGGUUACAUUGCUCUUAUUUUCUCUGGUGCAUUUGAAAAUACUGUAGAGUAAAACCUACCGAGAUUUUUGAAAACAUGUAAAUCUAUCUAGCUGUAUAUUGCUGUUACUUUUGUUUACAAGCAGACAAUGUUAUUUUUCCUCACCAGUAUGUCUCAUAUUGGGAGGAUGUGUAAAAAAAAAAUAAAAUCAGCACUAGUGUUUCAUUUAUUUGAAAUACUUUACACUAGUUGAUAACCAGAGAUAAUUUAACUCGUUUUCUCCCCCAGUCUCAACAGGGUCUCUCUUUUGUGGGAGUAUUCAUUUUCCACCUUUUCAUCUUCCUUUUUUUUUUUUUUUCAGUUUUCGGAUGUGAAAACAUUUUUUGCACAGUCUUUUGGUGAAUGUUUACCUGUAAUUGUGUUCCGUCUUGUUUAUGUGUGUUCGUGUGGACGCAUGCGCACGCUUGCACAUGUCACUUCCUGUACAUUUUGACCUAUGUAAACCUGUACUGUAAAUUUCUUGUCUAAACAAAAAAAAAAUAACAAAUCAUGGUCACCUUCAAAAAACAUGCUGUUGUUGCCUUGUCACACUAUUUGUGACACCAUGUUGUAAUUUAUUUUGCGUUUAUUUCUCUUUUUACUUUGCCAAAUUCACCAAAUACGACAUUUCCCCUUUCUCAUCACAUCUAUUUUAUUGUGUUCACUUUGCAAUGCCUUAUUUAGUGGUUUAUAUAUGGAUGUUUGUUACAUCUUUAUGUUGGAAAAUAUAUAUCAAAAUACUUGUGUACAGUGUCAACGUUUUGGGAAGCAGUCUUGGUCAUACUAGUUAAAAUCGAGUUGUACAGAUACUGGCCGCCUUGUGCUUUUUUUGUGUAAAACGUCAGGUUAUAAAACCUUAAACCUUUCAAAUAACAUAAUCAGGCCUCUAUUCUCUCUCAACUCAUUCAAAGCAGUAUCGCAAAGCACAAAGUCUACUCGACUUUCAUAAAUGUCUCGUUGUUAGUCUGAAAGCUUACCUCAGAUCUUUCUCUAUUGUCCCUACACUGCUUUCUCAGUAACAUCUGGUGAACAAAAACGCACCUCGUCUAGACGUCUGGAUGAUUGUGUUAUCCUUGCUUUUGACGUUUUGAGUUCGUAACUCCAUUAAAGGCCUUCAAAAUUUCAGGAGAAGCACAGCCAGUAUAUGUACAACUGGAGAGUUCAGACUGUUAGACUGAGAAUGCUGCGUUGCUGGUUGUAAGUGUGUUGAUUUUAUAAAUGUACUGUUUGUUGGAAAUGUACAGUUUGAAAACACAACAAUAUUGUUGGAAAAACACUCCAGUUUAAUUCGAUUUGAAUCACGGCGUUUGAAAAGAAAGUCUCCCUGGUGCAGUAUCUGGGCUCAUUUGAAGAUCUAUGAAUAUAUAUUCAAUUCCGUGUCCUAGUAACACUCCAGAUACCUAUUUUUGUCUUUCUCCCCAGCUGAAACUGUUUGGUAGCUCAUCUAAACAUCUGAUCAAUUUCAAUUUUUACCUGUAUUUAUUGUUUUACUGUCUCAGCGUUGUCUCCCUGUGUAUUGCAACAUGUACAUAAACUUGCCGUCUCCAGGUUUUGGAUGUUUUCCUAUAUGGGAUGUCUACACUGAUCCAUUUUACUUUCCAUAAAAGCUGAACUGUUCUGAAAACGGUAAUGUUGACUGUAUCUGUGUGUAUAAAUACGUCUCUGGAUAGUUGCUCCCAGAUACUCUCGAAAGCCUUCCCAUUGGACCCCUACCUCCAUUUUUGAAUGGGUUGAUCAAAGGGAGAUCAUUGUAGUAGCUUUGCAUAGUGCAUUUCCGAUGGCGAGUGAGAAUUGGGAAAUUUGUGGUAUCAUAUGCCAGUGUCAUUUUGAUCACUCUGUCAGCAUUCAAUAUUUCCGAUGCUUUCUAAUAUGCACGUAGUAGGAGACUGGAUUUUGCUUUGCCACUGUCAGUGUUUGCAUGUCAGGACCUGCUAAAAAGACCCAGUCACAACGUCUGAAACAGAGCAACAUCGCAUACUUAAAAGUGUAUGCAAGUCAGGCUACUGUGGAGUGUUUCUUGUAACAACUGCUUAGCCAGACAAACUUAAGUCCUUAGUGUUCAUGGCACAGUAGAGCAUCAUGUACCACGCUUGCGUCACUAUUGAGCCCAUGUUGGAGGUUCUGUUCCUCAAGAUCUUGUAGAAUAACAUGGUCAGUGUUCAUGACAAGGAAGUACUGUAAGUUCGUAGUUACAUUGAAGCAAGUGCACUAUAUUGGGAUGACUACACAAGAUAAAAAGUGAACUUAUACUCUUGGUAUGAAAUCUGCAGCAAUGCUGAGAGUCGUGGGUGUUUUUAUUAUUUUAUUUUGUAAUUUUAUUUUAAUUUUUUUGGGGAUAUUUUGUUUGUUUUUGUUCAAAUAGCUCCUGUACACCGAUGUGGACCAAUCAUAUAAUUCAAACCAUGGUAUGUGAUCUUUUAUUGUGCAAUAAAAGAUGACUUUCAA